UCCUGACGCUUUAUUUUUUUCAUCCUGAAUCUUUCUCUUCAGAUGUCUGGUUGCUAUAGCACCAUGUUGGGGGCUAUCUUAACCUUGAAUGAAUGGGAGCAAGAAGAGCACAUCCCCAAAUCAUGGGAUCACCUCGAAAAUCCUCCUGACGUGCGCUUCCUUUCUAGCCGACUUGAUCCUGCAGUCUUCCGCCGAAUGACCAUGCCCGAUACUUUCAUCUUCGCCGCGCAGCACGUUCUUUCUCGACAUAAGGAUAAAUUCGAAGGGAAAUGGUGGGAUUUGUGGUGUGUCAUUCAUCCUCUAGCAUCAGAAGACGAUCCGACAGAGCACCUUGUGCUUCCGGCUGGCGCACCUAUCGAUUUGCAGGAUUUAUCAUCUCGCUUCAAUCUUGAGGGUGAAAGGUUAAAUGCGGAACUGUUGACAAUGCUUACUGCGAGGAACGAGGCUACCGCUGUACCUACUCAAUUAUCUGAGACUACACAAGCAAACCUCGAUUCCACUCUUACUGAUUUCACAAGUAGUAUUACGACUACAGAAUACAAUGGCGAAGGAGCACCCAGCAUCUCACGCUACAGCGACCAAAGCAUAUUAGGUAGCCCUCCAGAUCUUGUUCAAGAUAGUAAAAAACACGCUGCGACAUCUUCGGUGCGACAGCGUCGCCAGCCCACUUUUUGCAGUUAAAUGACCCAGCUUUCAAUUAUUGUCCACUUGUUAUCCAUUUAUACACUGGAAAAAAGGACAAAGCUGUCCGGGGGUUAAUCUUAGGAUUGAGCGGCGAACACUUGCGGCACAAGGGAGUUGUGGCCUUGGCGAAACGUGCUGUACUUUCUGGAGACUCACCACCCCGCAUUUUGCAAUCCUGAUUGUUUUGAAAUGAAGAACGUUCAAUACCGAAAUAACGUUGCUGGAGAUUCAUAUCAUAUGGACAAUCCAACUCACACAAAGAAGAAUAAUUACAAAGGACGCAAUAGAUGAAGCGGGAUGCGGCUAAGUAGGCGUUAGUUUACCCAACUAUGUUGCCCAUCCCAAACAUCCCAAAUAAUUAGGACUUCAGCCCGCCGUACGUCAAAGUAGUAGUGGUGCUAGGUACGGGAUAAAGUGGGCGAUGAGAGACGCCUUUGAGUCGAGUAUCAUGCCA